AUGGCAGGUCCUGGAACCCACUUACCUGAGGACACACACUCCAUAACGCAAGCAGAUACGGUUGUAUUGCACUUGCAGUCAACACCAAGAAACCCAGUAAAACAUUCAACGUUUUUUCAGAAACACGAUGAACUAAAAACAGUGUUCAGUGGAAACGUCAAGCAUGUGAGCACGAAUUUGCCUCACAGGAACAAAGAAUUAUCUAGUCCUAUACUUCACAGUCUGAUUAAUAAUGCUGCAGAGUUUCACCAGGACGUCUUCCCUGAAGGAUCAAAAAUACACGAACUAACUGACUUUCUUCAGGCCAAGUACAGGGAUGAAUUCCGCUGUCCGCCUUGUCAGUGCUACUACACAUUCUCAGGAAGUCUUAUAGCGUCCUGUAACUCUUCAAUUCAUGAGAUCAACGAAGAUCUAUCCAAGGAAACACAGCAGCUAACCAUCUCCAACUCUUCAUUAAAAGUAUUCCAAGCAACAGAUUUUCUUCAGUAUCACAACCUGUAUAACUUAUCAGUCACACAUAACGCAGCCCUGAAUAUGAUCGCCAAUAUUUCAGAGAAGAUCCAAAUGUUGACUGUUACAAGUUUAAAUUUAACCUCUAACAAAAUUACACAAAUUAUGGAUAGAAGCUUUACUAUGUUCUCGAAUUUACAAAGUCUUAGUCUGCAAGGCAAUCAAGUUGAAAUUAUUACUACACUGACAUUUGAAGGUUUAACUAAUUUAGAGUACCUAAAUUUAGUGCGAAAUCGUGUAUCUGUUUUGAUAAAAGGCGCAUUCGAUCACUUAAAGAACCUGAAAGUCUUGGAUCUCAGUAGAAAUUGCCUUAAUGCAUCAUUCAUGCCAGGUGUGUUUUCAAAUCUUGUUUACUUACAAAAACUUUAUAUUAAUGGUGAUACGGUUCUGACCAAGAGAUAUCCUAACGAAGAAAUAGGAAGACUGACCAAUCUAACUUUCCUGUCUAUUGAUGCCAUCUCGAAACAUGUCAUUCUCGGUCCAGACAUAAAAAAUCUGACAAAGUUGGUUACACUCCACGUGGGUCUGUCAAAUCCAAACCAUUGCCAGCUUGGACACAUCAAAGAAUCGUUCUUGGAAAAUGUUCCCUACCUACAGACGCUUCGUUUCUCUAAAUGUCCCAUUACAACAGUGGAUGACAAUGUUUACAAGAAUGUAAGGGCUCUGAAAUCGUUGGAAUUUAUUUCUACAUACCCGUACGAUAUAUUUAAAGCACUGGGUGGACUUAGCGGACUGCAGAAUUCAUCACUGAUAUCUUUGAAGUUGAUUAAUCUUAUCAAAUCUGGGUGUCCUUUUAUUUGCUUAUUCGGGCGUCAUGCUAGGUAUUUGAGCACCAUAGAUUUGGAGAUCAUAGAUUUAUCAGAAAAUCGGAUAGCAUACAUAGAAACGGGGUUCAUCAAUGCUUUCCCGCGCACACUCAGGACUCUUGCGUUGCGCGGGAACGAGCUGACCGAGCCCGCCUUACUCACAGACAAACUGCAUUUUCUACGAAACCUAGAGACCAUAGAUUUAGGAGUCUACACAGAUCUUGUAUCAAGCAGUGGGAUAUCCCAAGCCCAGCAACUUGGGAAAGUAUCCAAGAUGAAGGCUAGCAAUAAAAUAUCCCAGUUUGAUGCUAGGGAUGGGUCAGGACAGAAGCAAACCCUCAGUAGGUUAGCAAAGACUGAUGACAAGAACCAAAAGAGGAGUGAUACACAUAAAACCAAAGAACUUUGGAAUCGGAAUUUAUUAGAACCCCAAGACGGGGUAAACAAACGAUUAUUGUACGCACUAGAGAUUCCAGAAGACGCUCCUGACUGUAGACAACAAUACAGCAGUACCCAAUACAAAGACAAUGUCAGUAUUAGCACCUUCGUGUUUCAUUCAAUGGAGUCACGUCUACCCAGUCUAGACAACAACACCGCGCUUCAUACACUUCUAGCACCUGGAUUCUUGGAGAUAGACGUCUUCAGACUGUAUCGGAGCAUUAGAGCAAACAAGCACACAAACCUCGCGUAUAUAGACCUCUCAUACUGUGCCUUGUCUUCAUUGUCUCUGAAACCUAGCAUUCCAUCAUCCAUUCAGAUAGCAGUUUUCAGUGGUAAAUAUAUUAGACACAUGCAAAGACAUACAGUUCAUCGAGACAACACGUUGAUUUAUUUGUUUCUCAGCAACAACCUUCUCGGUGAUAGAUUCUCCAGCACAGACAGUCGCAUUUUUCAGAGAAUGCAAAAAUUAAUUUUUCUCGAUAUAUCAAGCAAUCUGAUUUACGAACUGCCCACAAAUCUUUUCCGGGGUUUGCAAAAUCUGAAAUAUUUAAUAAUGACAAGCAACAGACUUCGACUCCUCAACACAAACUUUUCCAAUACACCAAAGUUGGAGUACAUGGAUCUGAGAAAAAACGCCAUAACAGGGAUAAGCAAAAGUAGCCGCGAUGAGCUAGAUGCUAUCACAGCCAACCACCCACUGUAUAUUGAGCUGACAUCAAAUCCUCUAAGUUGUACAUGUGAGGGGCUAGGGAUGCUAAGUUGGAUCUUGACGUCAAAUAUUCACUUUGUCAGCAAGGAUUUUCUUAGCUGUGCUGGAGAUAAUGGUAUAACCGAAGACAUGGGAAACAUUGACGAUCGGGUCAGAUCCUUACAACGACAAUGUGUAGGCAACGAUCUUAUUAUAGUUGUCUGUGUGGCGACGCUGGUUGUAAUUUGUUUUCUUGUUGUGUUUGGUGUCCUGUAUCGCUACAGAUGGCAGUUGAGGUAUAUCCGUAACAUCGCGUUGUCGAGGUUUGUAGGGUUCCAACCCCAAGGCAAUGACAGUUCAGAAUUCAGAUUUGACGGAUUCGUUGUGUACAGCGAGAUGUCUCGCCAGUUUGUAGUUAGCGACUGUCUGCGAGAGCUGGAGGUGAAAAGAGGACACAAACUGUGUGUGGAUGACCGGGACUUUCUGCCGGGGACAUAUUAUCUGUCGGCCAUCGUUAGCGCCAUACAGAACAGCAGGAAGACUUUACUGAUUCUCUCUCCAGACUUCUACGACAAGCGGUUUUCUGAAUACUGUGUCAAGAUGGCGUUGAUGGAGGAGAUCUACCAGAAGAGAUCAGUUCUCUAUUUGUGUGUGUACAGGCCGUUACCAGACGACGAAAUGUCUAAAAGUUACGAUCUGUUGAUGAUCAUGAACCGAAAUAACUACAUGGAAUUCCCACCAGAAACAGAAACAAGCGAUGAAGUCAGACAGCAUUUUUGGGAUCAACUGUCUGAGAAAAUUGGUCAUUCUAUUGCAAGUAAUCUACCAGAGUCGGUAGAGUGA